GGCGGCGCACGUGGGCGCUGACGUCGUGGUGGGGCCGGCGGGCGGGACGGCGGCAGGUGAGGGUGAUGGGGGCGGCCGGGCCCGGCCCGAGCGCGGCGGCGGGCAGCAGGAGGGGCCUGGGCGGGCCGGAGCACGGCGCGGCCCCCUCAGCCGCCCUCGCCGUGUCGUGUCUGUCAGCCGCGGCCUGUGGAGGCCGGGAGGGCCGCAGCUCAGGUGCUGCAUGUCUUCCUGGAGCCGGCCUGCGCCCCGGGGGCUGACUGGCACGUUCCUAAGGCUGAGCAAGUUGCCGAAUGGUGUUUGGUGUGAGGGGAGGCAAGAGGAGUCUGGACGUGGGGAGCAGCGUGGGCAGUUUCAGGUGGGAAGAUGAGUCCAAAAAUUACAACAGAACUGCUGAAGCAAUUGCGGCAGGUUAUGAAGAGUCCCAGGUAUGUCCAGGAGCCUGUACAAGCCUACAUAGUGCCCUCCGGAGAUGCCCACCAGAGCGAGUACAUUGCACCCUGUGAUUGCAGACGGGCAUUCAUCUCGGGCUUUGAUGGCUCUGCAGGUACUGCCAUUGUGACUGAACAGCAUGCAGCCAUGUGGACAGAUGGACGCUACUUCCUGCAGGCAGCAAAUCAAAUGGAUAACAACUGGACACUCAUGAAAAUGGGUCUGAAAGAUACACCAACUCAGGAAGACUGGCUGGUGAGUGUCCUCCCAGAAGGCUCGAAGGUGGGAGUGGACCCUUCCAUAAUUCCAGCUGACCAGUGGAAGAGGAUGUCCAAAGUCUUGAGAAGUGCUGGCCACGAUCUUGUACCUGUCAAAGAAAACUUGAUUGAUACAAUCUGGACAGACCGUCCUCAGCGGCCCUGCAAGCCUCUCAUUGUGCUAGACCUGAGUUACACAGGGGUCAGCUGGAGAGAUAAAAUUGUAGCCCUCCGUUCAAAAAUGGCUGAGAGGAAAGUCGUGUGGUUUGUGGUAACAGCUUUGGAUGAAGUAGCAUGGCUUUUCAACCUCCGAGGCUCUGAUGUUGAAUACAAUCCUGUGUUUUUUGCAUACGCCGUCAUAGGAAUGAACACAAUCAGGCUCUUCAUUGAUGGUGACCGAAUGAUGGACCCAGCUGUGAGGGAGCAUUUACAGCUUGACAGUACCCUGGAACCAGAAUUUAAAAUCCAAGUGAUGCCUUACAGAUCUAUUCUGACGGAACUGCAGGCCGUUGGUGCAGGCCUCUCACCCAAAGAGAAAGUGUGGCUCAGUGACAAAGCCAGCUAUGCUCUAACUGAGGCCAUUCCUAAGGCUUACCGGUACCUCACCCCGUAUACCCCCAUCUGCAUUGCAAAAGCUGUGAAGAAUGCAUUGGAAACAGAAGGCAUGAGAAGAGCACAUAUUAAAGAUGCUGUUGCCCUGUGUGAGCUCUUUAACUGGCUGGAGAAAGAGGUUCCAAAGGGAACAGUGACAGAAAUAAUUGCUGCAGACAAAGCAGAGGAAUUUCGCAGCCAACAGAAAGACUUUGUUGAAUUGAGUUUUGCUACUAUAUCAAGCACUGGUCCAAAUGGAGCCAUCAUUCACUACAAGCCAGUUCCUGAGACCAACAGAACGCUGUCUGUCAACGAGAUCUACCUCCUGGACUCAGGAGCACAGUACAAAGAUGGUACAACAGAUGUGACCAGAACAAUGCAUUUUGGCACACCGUCAGCCUAUGAAAAGGAAUGCUUCACCUAUGUCCUGAAGGGACACAUAGCUGUGAGUGCAGCCAUAUUCCCAAAUGGAACCAAAGGUCACCUUCUAGAUUCCUUUGCCCGUUCUGCCUUGUGGGACUGUGGUUUGGAUUACCUGCACGGGACAGGACAUGGAGUUGGCUCUUUCCUAAAUGUGCAUGAAGGCCCUUGUGGAAUUAGCUACAAAACCUUUGCAGAUGAGCCCUUGGAGGCUGGCAUGAUCGUCUCUGAUGAGCCUGGGUACUACGAGGAUGGGUCCUUUGGGAUUCGAAUAGAAAAUGUUGUCCUUGUGAUCCCUGCUGAAACCAAGUACAAUUUCAAAAACAGAGGAAGCCUGACUUUUGAACCCUUAACGCUGGUUCCAAUUCAGACGAAAAUGAUUGAUGUUAGUUUGCUGACCCAAAAAGAGUGUAACUGGGUGAAUGAUUAUCAUCAAAAGUGCCGGGAAGUGAUUGGAGCAGAGCUGGAGAGGCAAGGUCGGCAUGAAGCUCUUCGAUGGCUCAUCCGGGAGACAGAGCCUUUAAUCAGAGUUCAGUAGCACUGCGGUUGUCUUUGGUACGUGGAACAUCAGGACUGCUUGGUGUCACAUCAAUCUACGUCUUCUUGGCCCUUGAUACCACUGGGAGAAAGUUCUUCAGUAAACCUUUGGAAGUCAGGAGGGGGGGAUUUUGUUUAGUGUUUUUCCCAAUAUGUGCGGGUAAUGGGAGGGAAGGAAGGGUUACUGCCUCAACAUUUUUUGAGGGGGAGGGGAAGGUUGAGAAUAGAAAGCAAAUAAAAUACACGAGCAUGUUGCCUUUGAAAUGGAGGAUCUUGAAAUAAUGGUUGUAAGAGACAAUACUGGAAUAUUUUAUAUGGUCUGUUUUUUUCACUGUGAAAACUCAGUAUUUUUACAUACUUGGGUUCCAGUUGCUAAGAUUCUACCCACACAGCAGGACUGAUUACUGAAUAAAAGUUUCCAACCUGUUACUCACUUUA